UUUGUCAACAGCCAGCUGCGUGUUGUAUAACAUCGAUUGAUUUUAUUACGUUCGGAAUGGAAUGUGCUCGUAAAUGUUUACGCGUUUUACAAAGUAACCAUCAUAUUGUUACUCGCCGCAUUGCAAUGACAUCCGCAAACCGUGCCAAGGAGGCUGUCGAGCAGCUGAAGGAAUCGAAUCCCUACUAUUCCAAGUAUGCCGACAAGAUUGCAAAGAUGCAGCAAACUUCGGCCGAGGAAUUCUUGGAUCGCGUUGAGCGCGUUGUCAACCCCAUUAAAGAUGGUCAGAGUCAAGCUAGAUCUUACUCUGAGCUGCUGAACCCUAAGCGGAAGCUGUCCAAAGAUGAGGGAGAAUUGCCCCACAAGAAGCUAAGCGAUAUUAUGAAGCUGGAACUGCUGGAGGACAAGAAUGCCGAGGAAAUUUCUAAGAUCUGGCUCGAAUACCACAAGACCAAGGACGUGCUGGCUGCCACCUUGACCAAAGCCCAGUAUGAGACAUUGACAUCUCGAGCCAAGGAGCAUCCAAUUUUCCUGCUUCCCUUGCCGCGUAGCGAAGGCUUCGAGUUCAUCAUGCUGCAGUUCGCCGCUAACACUGUGCACUUCACCCCUCUUCUAGCCUACCAAGUGCACCAUGAAAAUGCCCCCGAGUGCUUGACUUUGGUCCACUACACCGAAGUGGAGGACAAUGGCAUUGUUUUGAUGCGUGGCGAGUACGACUCGAAGGUUCUUACUGCACAGGAGGCGCAGUGCCUGGCGAAUGAGCUGCAGAUGUUCUACUAUAAGACGGACGAGAGCAAACUAAAGCUGCUCGAGACAUUCACCAAGCGUCCCGAUGAGUUCAAGCACAUGGAUCUGAUCAAGGAGGUCGAGAACAUUCAACUCGGCUAGACAUUUGCACAUUUACCAACAGCUAAAAUAAACUACCAGAAUUAAUUUAA